CACACACACACUCUCUCUCUCUGUCUCUCUCUGUGUGUUCGGAGCACGGCGUUGGAUUUCAAGUGUGGCAGCGUCUUCGUCGAGUGUAUCGUUGUCUCUAUUGGUUUGUCCUCCUGCGCUGCUGUUGGUGCUGUUUUGGAUCUGGACCUUGAUCCGGGGUGGGCAGACGCCGUCAACAACGAUAGCUCUACACCGACCUCUGCGUUUUGAACAUUUAUCAUCAUGGCAAGCCUGGCAGAACUGCAGCGGCUCAAGGCCACCAAGAGCAAGUCAACAGAGGAAGCCGUCGUGGGCAAGAGCGUCUCUCGGACCGACACUUGGAAGCGCGUGCAACGCGCCAACCGGGCCCUCAUUGAAGAGCGCUUUCAAGCCGGCCCCGUUUCUCCAGAGCCCGAAGACGAGGAAGACGUAGAUCGCGAUCCCACGCUGCCCCGCUCCAACUCGACCUCGCGCACCACCAACCGUGCCAGUGCCACCUUUGAGAACGGCUAUACAGCGGCGGAUCUUCAAUCCCUCUUUGCUGGUCAAUAAACAGGCCAUUGACCACCGUGCAUGCGCCCGCCGAUCCACAUAUUCCAUUUUAAUCUCAUGACCUAGUAUCCUGUUUUCCCUCUAUUGUUCAUUCUAUUCUUGAUGUGCUCUGUGUGCGUCUCUGUGUCUUAGCCCUGCGUUGGGAGGUUGAAUCACCGUCGCUUCCCACUCUCGCCCCUCCAUGUAUCAUUUUGUUCCGUGCCCCAGAGCUCAGUGGCACGGUCAUGUUUGACUUUCGUGCGCUUUUCUCCAUGUACGCUUCUCAU